AUGGAAGAGUCUCUGUGCCUUGAACAAUUUGAGAUAGAACACGUCCCUACGAGGCUUCGAGCGAUGUGGAAUCAGCAAGGACCGGUUUUCUCGUCACGUUUUCUUGGAAUUUGUGAGAUGGUGGCACCGGACCUCGAGCACGGAAGGCAUACAACUGAUUUGCCUGUGGCUGAUCAAGUGGCCAUUGCCAUUCAUAUACUUGGAAGAAACGUGAUGCAGAGCGAUUCGGCUAGACUUGCUGGCUGCCAUCAAUCUACAGUCUCGCGUGUUUUAAUGGCAUUCGUUAAUGCUAUCAACCGAAGAGCCACUCAAUUCAUGAAUUGGCCGGAUGAGCAAGAGGCUUGA